CCAGAGAGAGGAACUGACCUGAGCUGCUUCAGGACCAGUGAAGCAGCUCAGGUCCUGCUGUCCCCUGGUUUCUGCCCGAGCGUCUCAGAGACGUUGUCCCCGCCCUGCCGUCCGUCCUCCACCCUCUGAUAAGACCAAACCUUUGAGCCGAUGAUAAGCAGCAGCCGACCCGUCGGACCUCGGCCCAGAGACGAGCGGAGGAACGACCGGCAGGACAGGAGGAGACUUGACUGGUAACCAGGCGGAAUGGACACAACUGGCAGAACCGGGACCAUCCAUGUCCAUCAGCAGGUUGGUCCAUCUAGACUGGUCCGGUCCGAGUCUCGGUGGAGGUCGUAUUCUCGGAGGCGCCGGAAGCAGCGAAGCAGCCUGUUGACAGGUGUUCACCUGGAGGCCAGGUACACAGGUCUGGCAGAGGAAGACGAGACUGACACGACUACCAAACUCCAGAAGCACCUGGACAAAAAACUGCUGGACCACUUCAGACAUCUGGCAGCCAGCAACCAGGACACCGACCAGGUGGACCUCCAGUUUCUGGAUGAGGUGAUCUCAGGCGGCGCCGACCCAAACUGCUCAGACAGAUACGGACAGACCAUCCUUCAUGAGGUGUCCAGAGCAUGGAGCGUAGAUGUGAUGCGGUUCUUUUUGGACCGCGGAUCAGACCCUCUGGGCUCGGAUCGGUUCGGAGUCACACCGCUGCACGUGGCCUCUGCCCUGGACUACGAGGACAUGGUCCAGUUCCUCCUGGACCGGGAAGCCGAUCCGAGCGCCCGGACUCUUCUGGACCAGCAGACCCCUCUUCACUAUGCCGCCAAGAACGACGCAGUCCGAUCCAUCAAGCUGCUGCUGCGCGCCGGCGCCGCCAUCGGCUGCACCGACUACAAGCAGCGGACGCCGCUGCAGCUCGCAGCCAGCAUAGAGCGCAGUGAAGCAGCUCAGGUCCUGCUGGAGCUUGGAGCGAGCGCUGGGGUGAAGGACUCUGACGGACAGAUGUGCAUCUCUGCUCUGAUUGGUCGGAUGAGUCAUGUGGCUCAGGAGGCGCUCCGUCAGUUCCACGUGACGGACAGAGUGACCAGACAGGAGUAUUUCUACCUGAACCUGCUGGAACCAGAGGCUGGCACACCUGGGGACCCAUCAGGUGCAGGAAUCAGUGAACCAACCACCCCACUGCAGGUUGUGGUUCUGGAGGGGAAACUGGACCUCAUCAUGAAUCCCGUCUUUCUCAAGCUCAUUGAGAUCAAAUGGAAACUGUAUGGCAGGUUGGGGGCGUGGAUUCUCCUUGUCCUCAACUUCCUGCUCAAUGUUUGUUGGACGACUGUGGCCAUUUCUAUGUCUGUCUGCCAAGACUCACCUGAUCGCUACACCUUUCCCCAGGACUGGUGGCGUGUUCUGCUGGUGGUGCUGGCGCUCCUGCUGACCCUGGAGGAGGUGUUCAGGGAGAUCCAGGACAUUGUGUUGUCGAGGAGGAAGCUCCACCUGCGACGGAGGUGGAUGGAGCGGCGUUUCCAGGACGACCUGCGCUGCUCACAUCCCAUGUGGCCUCAAGAGAGACAGUAUCUUCUGAAUCAGACCAGGAGGAUCCACAGGAUGAGGGGCAACUACAGCCGGGACCGCUGGAAUGUCUUUGAUUGGCUGGUCUACUCUCUGCUGACGGCUUCCUUCUGCGCUCACUUGGCCGACGUGUUGCAGCCAUCCGUCCUCCUGCACACACUCAGUCUGCGCCUCUUCUCCAUGUCCAUCAUCUUCCUCUGGCUGCGACUCAUGAAGCAUGUCCGAGCCUUCAGGUUAAUGGGGCCCUUCAUCGUCAUGCUGGGGAACAUCGUCGGGGAUGUGAUGUGCUUCCUGUUCCUGUAUGCUGAGAUCUUCAUCCCCUACGCCUGCAGCUUCUGGAUCAUAUUCGGAGGAACGCCCUCCGUUCCCAGCAUGCAGUCUGUCUCAGGUCUACUCUACAGCCUUUACCGGAUCACUCUGGUGGACGAGUACGAGUACGCUGCCAUGGUAACUGUGGACAACAUCAUGGCUCCUCUACUGUGUGGAACAUUCCUGGCAGCGUCCUCCAUCUUGUGUAUCAACCUCCUGAUUGCACUACUAACUGACACCUUCCAGAGGGUGCAUGAUAACUCCCGGGCUAAUGCCGUGAUGCAGCAGGCCGCCGUCAUCCUGCAGGUGGAAGACUCCAUGCCCCGCCUCCAUCAUUUCUAUGACAACCAGUACAUCUCCAAGCACUGCUCUCCACUGGGCGAGGCCUGCGAUAACGUCUCAGUGAGCUCCUGUUACCACCAUGAGUUUGGACAGGUCACAGGACAGGUGAGGGAGACUCUGGACCAGUUCCUGGUCCUUCAGAGGGAAGUGGAGGCAGCCAGCAGAUCAAGGUUCCCAAUAGAACAACACCAGCAGAACCAACAGCUUCAGGUCCAGGAGAACCAUGAGCUUCAAAACCUCUCCAUCCAAGAGUCUCAGACAGCUCAGAAACAGAAGCUUCAGGGACCAAAAAAACAUCACAACCAGAGCCAGGAGAGCCUAGAGAGACAGAACCAGCAGGUCCAAGAUCCCAAGAACCUGCAACAGGAACUCCAGGCCGUUCAGGCAGAGCUGAAGGAGCUUCGAUCUCUGGUCCAGCAGCUGGUCCAGAUCAGGAAUGACUUUGUUUGAGACCAGCUUGAACCUGGUAUCUAGUCUAUGACCUGAUGAACCACGAAGGUCCAUGUGGACUUACUGACUGAAAUGUUCUUGAUUUCAAAUGAAAAAUAAAGACCGAAUGAAGACAAUGCCACAUAAUGAGUU